GGACAGAGCCUGUGUGACGUCUACGUUCAACAAACUCCACAGCGUGAAUUCAGGUGACACGUUUGAUGAGGACGAUGGAGUCAAUCUGUUUUGCGCUGUAAUGCAGUGCUCUGCCAUGCGAUGUACAGAAUGACCGUUUUUAUUUGAUUGUGUUUGUUCGCGCGUUUAAAGUCGCUGUAAAGAACUCACGAAACAUACAUCUGUGGCCUCAUUACACUCGUAUUACUGCGCCGCUGCGCUUUGUUUCUGAAGAACUACAUUGCUUGGCGGAGGAACAUCAAUUAUUGUUUCUGAACCUCGCCAGAUAGCCUAUGGAAUAACCGCUUUCGAAAAAUGAUAAGCCACUUAAAGCUGUGGUUUGCGGUAUUUGGAACACAGUUAUCACUUCAAGUCAAUGUAAAAUACGGCACAUAGGAGGUUAGAAGCAAAAACAAACUUGAUUUUGAGGAUAACGCAUUAUUUUUGCAACACUCGGCAUGUUUCCCUUCCUCCAGCUCGAAUGUGAAAGUAAUUCGCUUUUAGUUAUACAGCCUACAGGAAGACUGAAGGUUCGUGUGUGAGAUUUUGCGUCAUCACAUGACUGCAGCACAUCGCCUCUACUACACCCCACACCCCUGCGUUCCGUAGACUCAAUGUAAACACCGUGCGCCGUGCGCUUUGUCUUCGGGCUCGGACCGCGCCAUGCCAUGGAUGCUUUAUGGCAAUAUCAGUUCAGGAUUAUUUUACUCGGGGACUCGACGGUUGGCAAAUCUUCUCUGCUGAAGAGAUUCACGGAUGGCAUAUAUAGCGAUGUAGCGGACCCGACAGUUGGGGUGGAUUUCUACGCCCGAUCACUGGACAUUGAACCGGGGGUGAAAAUCAAGCUACAGCUAUGGGACACAGCCGGACAGGAGAGAUUCAGGUCCAUAACCACUUCGUACUAUCGUAACUCGGUGGGCGGGCUACUCGUCUUCGACCUGACCAAUAGGAAGACCUUCGAUCACGUGCGGGAAUGGCACAGAGAAGUCAGCGAGCACAUACUGCCUCAUCACAUGGUCUACAUCCUGAUCGGCCACAAGAGCGACCUAGGCCGCGACCGCAAAGUGUCGCGGGACGAGGCGGAGCAGUUGGCGGCCGAACUCGGCCUCCGUUACGUGGAAACUUCAGCCAAGUGCAACAGCAACGUGGAACGAGCUUUCGAGCUGCUCACACGGGACAUCUAUGAGCUGAUGAAGAUGGGCGAGAUCUCCACGCGUGACGGAUGGGACGGAGUCAAAAGUGGCCUCACCGCUAAGGUUCUUUAUCCGGCCGAGGAGGUGGCGGAGAGGGAAAAGAGCUGCAACUGCUGACUCCCACCAUGCACCUUUAGUCUCUCACCUGUGUAUCGUUCAGUCGUUCUUCACCUCACCUGUGUCGUAUCACGGUCACUGUCUGGUCUCUGCUCACCAUCGUGUUUACCCUGUUGUUGCUUUCUGAGAAUGGAGGUGUAGUUUGAUGUGAUGAGUGAAUAAGCAUCAGUAUAUCUGGGCUGGAAUGGACAGGCCCUGCUUAACUUUACCGGAGACCGUGCCAUGUUCUGAAGGCACUCGUGGUGAAAAAAGCUUGCAGCAAUCUUGUGAACAAUAAUGUGUGGUUUUAUACAUCUGUGAGAUGUCAACGGUUGUUUCUCCCCCUUUGGUUAUUUAUGUUAUGAUUCGCAUUUAAAGAAAACAUUCAAAAAUCUAGUGAUAACAUUAUUGUCCAUUCUAUAGCUUUUAAAACAAUCUAUUUUCUGUGUGGAUGGGUUUCUUAUUGAAAUUAGAAGUUGGGACAUAGAAGGUUUUUUCUUUUGCUCUGAAAUGGUCAAUAGAUAAGAGGUUCAUUGGACAAUUUAUUGUGCAAUUGGGGAAGAAUUGUAUAUACCCAUGCAAACAAGGCGAAUCAUCAAUAUUUGGUUUAUAUUGCCAGAAUUGUACAUUUUAAAUGUCUCUUUAAUGAUUUUAGUAUAUAUCGAUAGCAUAGACUUUAAUUUAAGUCAUGCAGCAAUUCAGAUGUUAUGGGAUUGUUUUAAAAGUGGGGCAAAAAUUAGACAUGAUUUUGGGUGGAAAGGCUUCUGCAAAUGUAAUGGAGCGCUAUAUUCACACACAAUAUAUGUAAAAAAUCAUACAAUUCUGCUGCAUUACUCAGAUAAGUGGGUUAUAUCUUAUAAUCAUUUUAUUAUUUUUACAUUAAUAAUUCAUCAGUAUUUAUUUUAAAAGUGAUCUCUGUUCCAAAGCCUAGUGAUCUGCCCACCUAGGUCGAAUUUGAGGGCAUCAUAGACACCUCAUUGAACUGAGUAUAAAUAUACAUAUUAUUCUUUCCAUGCUUUAAAAAGUAUUGGUAAACAGUUCAGUCUGAUUAAAAAUGAGCUCUUUUACCCAAUAUUGGUGUGUGUUGAGUUAUUUGUGUUUUUAAAAAUACUGUAAUCCUCUGUGUAGAGUGUUUCAUAUACUGUAUCAGUUACAGAUGUGGUUGAUGGUUUGGGUGGUCGAGGUAUAAAAGCGUCCUGGCGGUGUGUGCUGGGCAUUUCGCCAGUCGAGCGACUGCUCUGUGAUAAGUGGGAAUGUAUGAGAUAUCUUUGACUUUGGUUUCCUGACAGUUAGGAUUCUCCCUCUACGUGAUACUUGCUUAAGCAGACGGUGAAGCAGUUCUGUAGGUUUUGGAACAGAGCUACUGAGAAAUAAGUACAGCUCAAUACACAGCCAGUAAUAGAGCUGAUCACAGCACUCGUGUCUCCUCUCACUGCCCAUCAUCUCUAUAGGAGAAAUAUGUGUCAUUCAAAUAAAAGUCAAAACUGGAAAUGAACAAAUCGUUUUGG